GGUUAAUUCUGAAUGAUGGCUACCACUGAACUCAGCUUCUUCAACCUUUUGUUUGCAACUGUUAACCCCCUCGCUUUGUCCGUGAGGGCGAACCACAAACCAGUAGAGAGCUCAGGGCUUUCUCUCACCAUGGCUCUAAAACUCUUUCUUGUCCCCACUUUGUUCCUUCUUGUUUCCUCAGCUUUCGCCUCUUCCUCGCAUGGAGACUCUCUCUUUCGACCCUUUGAAGCACCAUCACCUACAGGGUGGGACUGGGAAAGCAAAGCGAAGUUACUGGGGACGACCGCGCGAGAAUAUGUUAUAGGCCCGAGUACUGAUCUCUUUGAGAACUCGAUGUCUGCUUUGGCCGCACAGAGGACUUACAGGAGAGACCCUCUCGAUGGGUUCAAAAGAUACACAGAGGGGUGGAAUCUGAAAGACCAUCACUACUGGGCUUCUGUGGGUUUUACUGCGGCUCCAUUGCUUGUCAUCGCAGCAAUGUGGUUCCUUGGCUUCGGUGUUUGCUUGUUGGUCAUGGUUUGUUGUUCUUGCAGUAGAAAGCAGCCUGAUGGACAAAAGAGUGCUGCUGCUUAUCAACUCUCUCUUAUUUUUCUUGUCAUUUUCGGCAUUGCUUCAAUCAUUGGAUGCCUUGUUCUCUAUACAGGCCAGGGAAGGUUCCACAGAACCACAAGCGGAGCAUUGGAGUAUGUUGUGAAUCAGGCUGAUCUCACUGUAGGGAAACUGAAAGGUGUGUCGGAUAUUAUUGCCCAAGCCAAGCAGGUUGGAGUCGAUAAAGUUUUUGUGCCUCCUAGUGUUCAGACUGAUAUUGACCAGAUUGAAGCAAAAAUAGACUCAUCAACCAGUGCUCUUGCUGGCCAAACUGUAGAGAACUCCGACGACAUGCGGCAUCUCCUGGAUUCAGUGAGACUGGCACUUAUCUUAACAGCUGCAGUCAUGCUUUCCUUGACACUGACCGGACUCUUGCUAUCGGUCAUUCGGAUGCAAUUUCUCUUGUACAUCCUAGUGAUCGUUGGAUGGCUACUUGUUUCUGGCAGUUUUAUCUUAUCCGGCACAUUUCUGGUCCUCCAUAAUGUGGCUGGAGACACUUGUGUAGCGAUGGAUGAAUGGGUUCAAUACCCUUCAGCACACACUGCUUUAGAUGAAAUACUUCCGUGCAUGGAUGACGUGACUGUCCAAGAAACACAACAGCGAAGCAAGGAAGUAACUUAUCAACUGGCUGAGGUGGUCAACCAGGUCAUAACCAACGUGUCGAAUCUAAAUUUCUCGCCCAACUUCCCAACAAUGUACAUCAAUCAGUCAGGUCCGCCAGUGCCGAUCCUCUGUAAUCCUUUCCACUCCGAUCUGACUGAUCGAGCUUGCUCAUCUGGUGAAGUAGACCUCAACAAUGCAAGAGAGGUCUGGAGGGGCUUUGUCUGUCAGGCUUCAGCGACAGGAAUCUGCAUGACGACAGGACGCUUGACACCAUCCUUCUAUGACCAGAUGUCUUCUGCGGUGAAUGCGAGCUACGGGCUGUACUACGACACUCCUUCCCUAACUGACCUACAAGACUGCACAUUCGUCCGCCAAACAUUCAGCGAAGUACAUGCGAAGUAUUGUCCUGGUUUGCAGCGAUACAGCAAAUGGGUGUACGUCGGUUUAGUGAUCGUCUCCGUUUCGGUGAUGCUCUCUCUCAUCUUGUGCCUUCUGUAUAGGCGGGAGCAUGACGGGUAUGUCUAUACAAAGGAAUUCGAAGAGCACAAACAUUCUCAGUGAAACUGCAGGGUGUGGACCGAUGAUGUCGAUAACAGUAGCUCUGAAUUCAACUUGGAGUUUCGAGUUCGGACGGUUUGGUGUUGUGUCCCUGUGAUGUGGAAUCUCCAAUGAUCAGUUCUUCUGGACCUUGUAACUGUACUCUUUAAUGCCUGUAGCUAAAUGUGGGAAAUUGUAAGAUUUCUGGUCUGAAUGCACAAUCAUAUUGUGUUAUGCAGA